AUGCAGAUGAAUACCCGUUCAGGUACACCCAAUUUUUUCAACUUAUUUUGCCGUCUCAAGUGCUAAGACCCGAGUAUCUCAAUUACACCACUGGCGAUUACGCGCCGUUUGGCUCUUUUUACUCCGAUAAAUUCUCUGAGAGACGCGUCAACACGAACACGGCGCCUGUCUAUUCAAAUAAUAACCCCGGCCCCCCUCGGCGGAAAAUAACUCAGAGGAGGAUGUCAAGUAUGUUCAUCGUGUUCUAUCUUAUCCUUCAGGUCACCCCUAUUAUUGUCCUGUACGAAAUCAACAAAAUCCUCAAGAGACGUCCUAUAUGGAUUCUAUGGAGUAUCCGUCUAGUGCCGAACAUCCUGCUUUCCAUACUGGGGCCUCUACUGUACCUGUUCAAGUAGACAUGUCUUUCCCCACACUCCGGUGGGACCAGGACAGUCUCUGCAGAAACAAAGCUCAAGCCCGUUCUCCUGGGCGAUUCCAGCCGCCAUCGUCCGCAAUCCAUCAGCGGUCUUCUGGCGCAAGCUCCGCCGGUUCCUCGCCCACAGCGCCCAGCAACGCAUCAGCUUCUCACCCGAGGUCUUACAGUCACGGUCAAGCAGAACAACUCAGGCGGUCUAGAGAGUCGACAACUUUUGCGCUCAUUGACAAUCAGCUCUCGAAGCCCCCGCUUAACCAAGUGCGCGACAUGUACCUACAGAACCGCGGUGGUUCCAGUUCAUCUAGCUCUACGCCGACUAGGACAACAAAGAAAGCAAAUCUGUCGGCGGUCCACACCGUUGUGCGUUUUAGGAUCCGGGAAUACCUGCUACCCAUGAUUGGCCAUAUGCGAAAGAUGUUGGAUAUCCUCUUUUCGUCGCAGUAUCCGGAUUACAAUUCCAGUGUGCGCGACGUCCUCGCAUCCCAACUCUUUGGUCAGACGCAAUUGCCCUGUUCUCUUUCUUGCGAGUUCUGUGAACGCUUCCGAUAUCAGUUGGACAGACAGACACCUAGCAGAAAGCUCGUUUUCAGCAAAACACUGAUGCCGACAAAAUCUACUCCGGCCCCGGAAAAACAUUCUGCUACCAGCGCGUCGGCUCCUGACUCCGGUGCCAGUCGUGCCCCCAGUCCCGAUCGAAACUAUUCAAAUCAUGGACUAUCAACUGUGCAAGUAAAACCAGAGGCCUCAUCGGCAACCACUCCCUUGUCAUCACCGUCUUCGCCGUUGCUAAAUUUUGAUAUCCUUGAGCCGGCUUCGGAAGCCGAUCUCUUGGAAGAGCUUCUGGACGUUGUGGACGAGGUUCAUCCUCUGCCCACUCCUCAGCACCCCUUGGACGAAGUCCAUCUUUCAGACAUCAAACGUUCUCCCUCACGCAUUCGUCUAGACAGCGUCUCGGCUCAACUUCAGGAAGGCUUUGAUCUUGAGUCGAUGUACUGGCCGUCAGGCAAUCUGGACUUCGACGUCUGUCCGGAGGAGUCGGUUGAGUUGCAAAACCUGAUUUUGGGCUCCAGUGCCGACACUAAGUUUGAGCCCCUUGCUGACGAUGUAUCCACGUUACCUGCUCUCGAUGACCUCGACUCUCUGUCCAAGACCCCGUUUUCGGAUUAUGCUUCCUUUGAUUUGAAUGUGAGCGUUAAGAAAGAACCGUUUUCUUUGCAGUUUCCCCCACCAAGAUCAUGCGACUCGAGCAGUAGCAGUUGCGAGAGUCAACAACAAUAUUAA